AUUGCCCACGGUAACUCUCCAGAGCUUGUUCUGAAUCCAGUGAAUGUGAACGACUCUGGCUUCUACAUCUGCCGCGUGAACAGUGACUCCUCCUUCGUCUUCAGUCGGUGGGCACGACUUGACGUUUGUGAUCUCCAGGGAACACCUCAUGGGACCUUAACUGGUUUGCCUGAAAACAGGUUGCACAUCUGUAUUCAGCCUCAGCCACAAAGCCUGGCGGUGGGGGAUGCUUUGGUGUUAGAAUGUGGAGCUGUUGGAAACCCAGUGCCUCAUUACCAGUGGUUCAGAAAUGGCUUUCCCUUGGCAGAUGGGAGCAAAAAUGUCUACAUGGUACCUUACGUGGAUGUGGAACAUCAAGGGACAUAUUGGUGCCAUGUAUUCAAUGACCGGGAAGAUCAAGACAGCCAGAAGAUAGAUGUCAUUAUAGAUACUGUUUUCACAGGUAUUGAAACCCUGGAAUAUAUAAAUGUGAUGUGGUUUUGUUUUUCCUGUGUCUCUGUAGCAACAGACAAGGUAGCUCUGUUAAUAGGAAAUAUGAGCUACUGGAAUCACCCCCAGCUCAAGGCUCCCAUGGUCGAUGUCUAUGAACUGACCAACUUGCUCAGACAGCUGGAUUUCAAAGUUGUUUCUUUGCUGGAUCUUACUGAGUCCGAGAUGCGAAAUGCAGUGGAUGAGUUUUUACUUCUCCUGGACAAAGGAGUAUAUGGUCUGUUAUACUACGCUGGCCAUGGCUACGAGAACUAUGGCAACAGCUUCAUGGUUCCCAUCGAUGCUCCAAAUCCCUACCGGUCUGCCAACUGCCUGUGUGUGCAGCACAUCCUCAAGCUCAUGCAGGAGAAGGAGACGGGACUCAACGUGUUCCUGCUGGAUAUGUGUCGGAAGAGAAAUGAGUACGAUGACACAAUUCUUGUCUUAGAUGCCCUGAAGGUUACGGCCAACAUCGUUUUUGGAUAUGCCACAUGCCAAGGAGCAGAAGCCUUUGAAAUUCAGCAGUCAGGGUUGGCCAAUGGAAUCUUCAUGAAGUUCUUGAAGGACCGUUUGCUAGAAGACAAGAAGAUUACAGUCCUGCUAGAUGAGGUUGCAGAAG